AUAGUUCUAAAAAAUAGAGUCAGAUAUGCGCUUAGAAACGACAGAAAGAAUAGAUAUUAAAACAAGUAGAUUAGACCGCAAAUAUUGUAGUAGCAGUUGGCAGUAUUUUAAAAACCACGUUUAUAAUUUUAGCUUUAAUCCCGAGCGUCUUUAAUGUGAAGCUUUUAUUCUGAAGGCGUGUCCAGGAAGUGCCGCCCGUUGGCGGAUGUUGCUGUAACAGUUAAAACUAUUGCAAAUCGUUGCUCGGUUAUUUCACAAUUCCUAGAGGUUUCCAAGCGUCGGGGCAGAAAUGUUGUUCAGUCCGACGGAAUUAUCCGAGUGUUUUCGGGAGUGGGACGAUUUGGAGAAAGAUUUUCAACAUAUUCAGGAAGCCCAUCGUCUGUAUAAGCAGAAGCUUGAAGAAGUGACCAGACUGCAGAACAGCUGCUCCAGUGCUAUAGCACGGCAGAGGAAGAAGCUGAGAGAACUCGCUUUGUCACUAAAGCGAUGCAAAGAAAACCUUUCGACAUCAAACCUAAAGCCAGAAGAGAGGGAGUCCAUCGCGGAAAUGGAAGAGUCCAUCAAGGAAAAAACGAGUGCUUUCUUCGAGAUGGAAGGGUUUCUGCCAAAGAAGAACGGACUGUAUCUCACUCUGGUCCUGGGGAACGUUAAUGUGACCCUCCUGAACAAGCAGGCAAAGUUUGCAUAUAAAGAUGAAUACGAGAAGUUUAAGCUGAUCCUGACCGUCAUCCUCUUCCUGUUUUCCUUCACGUGUCGCUUUUUGUUCAGCUACAGAGUCCUGGACGCUCUGUUCAACUUCCUGCUGGUGUGGUAUUACUGCACACUCACCAUCCGGGAGAGCAUCCUCAUCAGCAACGGCUCAAGGAUCAAAGGCUGGUGGGUUUUCCAUCACUACGUGUCCACCUUCCUGUCAGGAGUCAUGCUCACUUGGCCUGAUGGCGCCCUCUACCAGAUGUUUAGAAACCAGUUUCUGUCCUACAAUCUCUAUCAAAGUUUUGUCCAGUUCCUGCAGUACUACUACCAGAGCGGCUGUUUGUACAGACUCAGAGCGCUGGGAGAAAGACACAACAUGGACCUGACAGUCGAGGGCUUCCAGUCCUGGAUGUGGAGAGGCCUGACCUUCCUCCUUCCCUUCCUCUUCUUUGGUCACUUUUGGCAGCUGUACAACAGCAUGACGCUCUUCGGGAUGUUCCAGCUCCCAGAGUGUAAAGAGUGGCAGGUUUUGAUGUGCGGCUGCUCCUACAUGGUGCUCUUCAUGGGAAACCUGUACACAACGCUGAGGGUGGUUUACCAGAAAUAUGUCAACAACAUGGAGAAGUCCAAGACUGCGUGAGCGCGCUGGAGCCAGAACAGAUCGUCGCCACGGUGGCCUCUCGUUCACUGAACAGAAAAUAUGUCAGAGUUACUAGUUUCUUUCGUCCCUGUGGACCAUUUACUCGCCCUGCUACUCCAAAGGGAUUUCAGGUUCCUGCAUUUCAUGUUUGGCUAAAUUGAAAUGAAAUCAGCUUUUUUAUUAUAUUGCUUUUUUUUUUUAAAUCAAGCUACUUUAUAGCUUUCUUGUUGAUUCAGUAGGAUUGUCUAUUUCGGAGAAUGUGAAAGUUUGAAUCAAUAAGGCAUUCCUCAAAUGACGUCAGAUUUCUAAAUUUAGAUGCGUGCGUGGCGGCCAUCUUGUGGUCGUACGAGCAGAGCGGUAACGCUUGAAUAGUUUCCUUGUUUGAGUCUAAUAGUGAACAGAUCAAUCAAUCAAUCAAUCAAUCAAAUUUUAUUUGUCAAUUACAAUUUGCAUUGCAAUCGAAUCUGUCCUGAAUAUCGCCUCAGCAGACAAUAAUAUGACAACAAUUAAACAAGCUGCUGCGUUGGCAGGAGUGACUAGAUAUGGUGAUUGUGAUCAGAUGAAGGGAGUUUUUUUUCUCCAUUGAUUUUCCAAAACCCCGAAGGAUUGCAGAGAAAUGUCAGUGUUUCAUACGAAGUUGUAACCGAGAGGACUUUACUGUGGAAUCUGACCAAAGACUCCUAAAUGUUGGAGGCAACACUUGAACAUCCAGACCUGAAACCAGCGACUGCAGCAUCUGUGCAGGUGGGGGACGUUUAUUUGGCUUUUUCUCAGCUGCUUUAAAGGUAUACUAUGCAACCGGGGUUGAUUUUCCAGCGAGGCUCCCCCCAGAGGG